CUAUAAAAAAAAAACGGAUAAAUUUUCGAAAUUAUAUAUAUACUUAAAAAUACCUCCACUUCAUUCUUAUAUAUGUUUAAUAAAUAUACUUUUCCAAUCUGCUAGAAUUCAUAUAUUAGUUUGGUGUGCUUAUAGGUAAAGUUAAUGGAUGGUAGAUAAGACAAUAUGACCUUAUCACCAACUAAUACUUCCUUGAAGGAGUCACCACUAAUACCAACGUCACCUCCUACGACUUCAAGUAGAACGAAUAAUCUCAAUAAUAACAUAAAUAAUCUUGAAUCUACGAAGACUAUUUUUAAUUAUACUUUACAAAAUUAUCAUAAUUCACAUCAUCAACAAGGCGAUAGUAAACAUUAUGGCCGUCGUUAUUCAACUAAUAAGACGACUACAGUAUUUGUUAUACCCACACUCGACGACUUAUUAGAUGAUAGUAUUCCAAAGGAUAAUGAAUAUUAUACCAAAACUCAAUUUAUAAAUUAUCUUGAGUCUAUUCAUUGUUUGGAGAAUUUAAAUUUUAUAUUAGAUAUUAAUAAACUAAUAUUAAACUUCAAUAGCAACUCAUCUGAUAAUUUACAACUAUGGAACCAUUUUUAUAAUACCUUCAUGAGUAUUAAUAGUCCACAAGAGAUCAACUUACCAUGCUUGUAUAAAUCACAAUUUCAACCAGCUGUUUUACCAACGACUGCAUCAUUAUUGAAAUGUAAAAAGAUCAUAUAUGAUGAUAUACUAAUUAACCUUUACAAUGAAUUUGUAAAGCAUAAGAACCAUGAAUUGGAGUUACUGAUUACCAACAAUAAUUUUAUUAAUGGUACAGAUCAUGAAAUUAUAUAUAGACGCAAGUCAGAAACAAUUUCUCCAGAGUCUCACAGUGAUCCCAGCAAUAAAUUGUUUAUUCUGAGCUCAGUUAAAGAAAUGGAAAAGGAUAUUUAUGAUGAUGAAGAUGAUGAUGUAGAGAUGGAUUCAUCAAGCUCAAAUGAUUCUUCUACAAUAGAAACUUCAAGUAAUAAUAAUAAUGUUAAUAUUAUGAGGAAUAGUUACAGUCGUCAUAAUUCGCAAUCAUCACAAACUACAAAUUCAACUUCAAGAGGCAGUUCCAUUGGUUCAAUAAUUGACUCUAUUGAAAAAUUUAAAAAAGUAAAGAAACAGUUCAAAUUUAGACGUUUCAGCAAUGAGGAAUGACCCAUAUGUAUUAUACAUCCAACGCUAAUUAAUUCACUUCUUCUCAGUUUAGCUUUAAUUCUGGUAAUGAGGAUUACUUUAAUAGAUUACUUUAUAGAUACCGUAUACUUUCAUUUACAUAUUUCAUAAUAAAUAACCAGUUUAAUUCUUUUAAUUGGAAACCUUA